UUUUUUUUGUGGCCGUUUCGUUGUGUCCUCACUGUGUUGUUUUCUCUGUUCUUUUGAUGUGUUUUUACAAUGCGCCCUAUUCGUUGACUUCCUUUUGGCAUUUGCCGUCGGGGUUCUGUAAAUUCCUCUGUUCUUCUUACCGUAUCAGUGUUGGGCAUGUUGGUUGAGCAUCUCAUCUCAUGAGAAGUCGUAUAAAGAGGGGAGCUUUUUGUUGUGUUCUUGUUGGUUAAGCAUCUCGGUUCACGUAAGAGUUAUGUCGGUUUAAGACUUUAUUGUGGUACUUGUGAGUUGUGCGUCUCAUCUCGUGAAAAGCCGCGCACCGAAUUGGGACUUUGUUGGGUUUUGCGUCUUGAUUUGUUCUUAUUCUCCUUGUGUUUAUCGAAUGAACCUGUGGCAGUGCGGCUUCGUUUGGAUGCACCUCAAUUUCAGCUUCUAGUAAUAUAAAUGUCCUCAACCUUAGCUGUCCAGCAACUUUCGCGGCGAAAAGCCCACUGUGGUAAAGUUCGAUCGAAAGCCAACCAGGUGAUCAAGGACCCUGAAGAUGGGAUAUCAGAAGCAGUCUUACUUCGUGGAGAGGAAGAUUUAGAAUGUUUGGAGACUGCAGAUGAUGAUGAAUUAGGGACCCAAAGUGGGACAAGCAAGGAGAUAACUGACAACGGUGAUUCCAGUUCACAAGCAUCACGAGGUCAAUUAAAGCAAAACAGGGAAGACGAUGUUGAUGACAGAGAGACUUUUGGUUGUAAUAGGAAGACACUGAAGAUGGAUGCAUGCACUAGUAAUGAGACAACUAAUUCAAGUGAUUGGAUCUCAACAUUGCCAGAACAAUUAAUUCAUCAUAUUCUGUCACUGUUGCGUAGUCCGAAAGAAGUUGCACGAGCUACCACCUUGUCCAAGCAAUGGAGAGAAAUCUGCUCCUCUUACACCAUUCUGAUGUUCGACCAACGGAAGUUCACAAAAGCAGAGAAACAUACUGGAAGUAGUAAGCGGCAGGAGUUUAGGGAGAAAACAGAAGUCUUCAUGGAUUUCGCCUUUCGCUCCUUGCAAACUCGUCUUCAGGGUGGAUAUCAUAUGGAGAAAAUUCAGUUCCAUAUGACAUACUGUGAUUUUGAUUAUAGUAGUAGGAUUGAUAAUUGGUUAAGCCUUGUGGCCAAAAGCAAUGUCCGAGAACUGGAUCUUCACUUUCCACACAUGGAUAAUGGACCUUAUAAUCUGCCUCAGAGUCUCUUCACUUCCUCGGCGAUAACUAGAUUAAAAUUGUUCAAUUGCAAGCUAGGAACGCUUGAGGAGAUAAAGCUACCUAAUUUGCGAGGACUUUGCCUUGGCAAGCUCUAUAUUAGUGACAGUCGCGUUCGGGAUCUGAUCCGUUGUUGCCCCUUGAUCAAGGAUUUGAGGCUCAUACACUGCAUCGGGUUGAAGAAACUACAUGUCUCUGGCCUUGCUAAACUUGAUAAGCUUGAGGUGCAUUGCUGCCCUAAAUUGAAGAGUAUCCAAGUUGAAGCGCCGAAUCUUCAGACAUUCUUCUAUUGUAUAGAGCGACAUAAGCCUGGGUCCUGGCCCUUCGAUUUGUCUUCGGCUACUUGUAGAUCUUUAAAGUCGAUAGCCCUAAAGAAUGCUGAAUUGACAGAUGAAAUGUUCCAAGCAUUGCUCAACAAUUGUCCCUUACUGGAAACCUUGGAACUAAGCAAGUGCAAUUCCUUGGAGAGUGUCGCAAUAUUAAGUAAGGUACUGAGGCGUUUAGUCUUGAGACAGUGCAGAAUAUUAAAUGAUGCUGAGAUUAAUGCGCCGAACCUUUGUUCCUUAAAGUUUGAAGGAAAUAAGAUGCCCUCCUUGUCAUUAUUACCUUCUGAUCUGAAGGAGGUGAAAAUUACUUUAAGGAAAAACGUGUGGAACCUGCUAUUUGGUAUUGAGGACCUUCUCUGGUCUCAUAACUGGCGUUUAUUUCUGGGAAAGAUCAAUCAUUCAAGAGGAAUGAAGUUGGUCCUCCACUGUGAGGAGAAUGUCAUCAUUCAUGAGGACCUCAGAUACUUCUCGCCUCCUCCAAUGAAGAAUCUUGAUCUUGAGAUUGUUGACUCGUCUAGAGGGUUCAAAAACGUACUAGAGAGUUCUUUACGGACUUGGCAUCCCAAGACUGUCAUCGUGGUAUCAUCUCCUGGUAGCACAUUACCAAAGCUAGCACAUGGUUUGCUGAUGGAACGAGAUAAUCAUCUGAGUUGCUGCGGAUUUGUCUCGUUUGAGAACAAAUGUUGGAGGCACUUCCUAGAAAAUGUCAACACUUUAGACAUCGGAUUGGCUGGAGAUGAAAGGACUAGUAGCUGGAUGUCCUUAUUCAAGUCAUCUCCAGCGUUACUGCUGAAAUCAACUGGAUUUACACUGGAUUGGAAGUCCAGAAAACGUACCCACAAAGUGAAUCCACCGGGUGAAUCUGAUCAGUGAUUGCUUAUUCCAUAGUUUUUUUUUUGUUUUUAAUUUUGUGGAAAACAUGCACGAUUGACAAUU